UGUACGCAAACAUGCAACGAAAGCGGAUAAAGGACCACUAUAGCCAUAAUAUUUCAAUUGCCUCAAGUUUCGUACCUUCUAAGUUAUUUACAAGAGGGUUAACGAUGAAAAAAUUGUUAAAAUGGAUGAUUGUGGUCAUAGUACUUUUUGUGAUUUAUUCAAUAUAUCAAAAGACAGCGGUAUCAAAACAAAAUCACAAUAACAAAGAAACUUCAUGGGCAGAGAGGCAAACUAUUGCAGACGACAAAGAAGAAUACAUUCCAAAAGAUACGCUUGAUAGAAGAGUGAAGGAAGAAAUCAACAAAGUGUUUGAAGACUUUAAAAGAAAACAAGAAUUGGAACACAAAGGGUUAAAAGCUGAUAACGUCAAUAAUUUAAACAAUGUUCCUGUAAAUAACAACAAACUCACAAUAGUAGACGAAGAAUCCGAUGACGCUAAACCAGCCAAAAAAGUGGACGAAGAAAUAUUAGGUGAUGACAGAGAUGAUGAAAAACCUGCGUCAGAUGGCGGUAAGGACGUUGGUGAUCACUUCGAGGAGAUCGUAGAGGGAGCCUUUGAUAUGAUAAACAUUGAUGAAGAAAAGAAGGAGUUGAAAGUGGAAAGAGAAAUUGAAGAACGUCUUGCAGAGGUUAUUAAAGAUGCAGCUAACGAAGCCGCAGAUGAAGUAGACGAGGAAACAGAACAAGAAAAAUUAAAGGAGAACCCACAACGGGAUUUGGUGGAGCCUGUUAUUGCAGCGGACAUCUUGGAAAAGAAAGAAUACAAAGUGGCAGUGGAUGAAAUGGAUCGACAACUGAAUCCGGCUGAGGUACAACGCAUUAACGACAAUGCGGCUGUUGAUACCCGACGCCAUGACGACGACCAUGAGAUACCGCCGUUCGUUACAGCUGUCCGUCAGACACAGAUCAAGGAAGUGACGCAACUGGUGGCGUCCAUCCAGCAUAGUCUUCCUGGGCGUAAGAUUUACGUUUACGACCUUGACCUUACCACGGAGCAAAAGAAACAUAUGAUGUCAUACUGCAGUGUGCGCAUGCGCCUGUUUAUGAAGAAACUAUUCCCGACGUAUGUUUCUAAUCUUGACAAUCUUCACUGGAAACCACUUAUUAUACAGACUGCUCUUGCUGAAUUUGGUCACAUCAUUUGGGUCAACCCGAACUUUCGACUGGGAACACAGGAGUUGGCUCCCUUGCUACACGAUUCACACGAAAGAGGAAUCAUGGCGAUAGGACAGACAGCCAGCUAUACAACUUACUCUGCAACGCAUCCGAAAAUGUUGGAGUUUAUUCCAGCUGACAAGAAAAAGUUAUCGUUUCAUCCACAUCUUGAAAUUCGAGCCCUCAUCAUACAUAAUACACCCGAGGUACAUGAGCGUGUAAUGAAGAUGUUCACCGCAUGCGCACUUGAAGAAAACUGUUUGGCGCCACCUGGAUCGAAAUGGCAGUGCAAGUUUGACUUUACUGGAAGAAAACCAGCGGAUUGCCAUAGAUAUGACGAAUCUGCUUUGAAUAUUUUGCUGAAGAAUUGGUUUAACUUUGACCUGUCGCAGUUUUCCAGAGGAAACAAUUAUUUCAGACCGUAUGACAUAAACUAUAAACCAAAGUUAAAAAUAUGCCGUGAUGCAAAUGACAUUCGGGAUAACGAAUUGUAAAUGCUUUUCUUCUGAGUGUUAUGUAAUUUGUUUAUUGAAAUUUUUGAUGCUAGGCACUUCAGUUGUCACAUUUAAACGGACACGUUUGUUGUGUGUUUCCGAAAUUUGUUUACAUCAAUGGAAACGUCUUAACGGCUUUUAAGUCGGAAUUAAUGGCAUUGAUUUAAAAACAUGUUUUUUUCUAUAUUAACAAUUUCGUUGACAGCUACUUUUAAGACUUUUGUUCUAAAUUUCAACGGAUGUUGUCGGCUCCACGAUUUUAUUAUGCAAAUUCCCUAGCAUCUUGCCGAUUACGGCUUUGUGUGAUUUCUUUUUUAAAGGCCACAUAUAAUAUAUCGCUUUAAUAAUAAAAACUUAAUGCAAUUGCCGCAGAAAUAUGUCCCCUGUACAGCGCGUUUUAUCAACUCAACAAGUAGGCACGGAAUGCAAGGGGAAAUUUCACCACAGUUAUUUUCAUUGACAAUGUAAAACAGCAUUACACGAUGUUGAAUUGCAAUAUUUAAAGAUUUACUCGUUGCAAUUUUUCAAUAAGUGUCAUGCAUAAAAAAACUAUGGAAAGGAAACAUUGGACACUUAUUUUAGAAUGCGUGUAAUCGGUUAUAAACAGAAUGUUGUUUUUUUAAGAAAAUAAGGCAAAUAAAUAGAGUGGAGUAUAA